UAAUGUAAAUAAUCACUGGUGAUGAAACAGGAUUAUUGAAAUUAAUUGAUUUAGAUAAAAACGAAGUGAUUAAGAAAUAUGGAGAACAAGGUAAAGAAUUUAAAGUAAUCUAAAUAUUAAACUUAAAAAUUGCUGAUAUCUGUUUUUUCUUGAUUUUGAGGGAGCAAAGUUUAUUAUUAUUGGAUAAUGAAUUAAAUGAAAUAACUUAAAUCAGCAUUGAUUCUUCACCUUUAAAAGGAUUUUGUGAUUCAAAUCAUGAUAUCUAUAUAAUUUAUAGCAAUAGAAAAAUUAAUCAUGUAAAAUAUGAUUAAGAUCAAAACUUAUUUCUUUAAUAAGAAACAAUAAAUUCAAAUGAUUUUUUGCCUUUUACAAAUUGCAAAGAUAGAUAUGUAACUUCAGCUGCUAUUUCUAAUGAUUAAACUUUAUUAUUAGUGACUUAUUUUGGUGUUUCACCAUCCAUUUUUAAUUUAAAAUAGAAAAAAUUAUAAUGGUAAUCAAGAAAUGUUAAAAAUGAUGAAUUAGAUCUUUAAGUUAAAAUGCAUGAUUAUGAUGGAUUAUUUUUAGAUGAUUAUUCUGUUGGUGUUAUUACAACCCACUAAACUCUUAGAAUAUAUAAUAUUCUUUAAUAGAAAUCAUAACCAGUUUCUGAACAUUCAUUAAAACAUUCAAAAACUAAAAUUAAAUUAAUCAGAACACACAAUUAAAAAUAUUAUAUGAUUAAUGAACGUGGUGAAAUCUUAAUAUAUUAGAAAGAUUUUAAAUUUGAAAGAAUGAUUAAAGGUACUUUUGGAGCUGUGAGAGAUGUAGCAUUCAAUAAAGAAUAUAUAUAUACUGUUAGCAUUGAUCGUUUUUUAAGGUUUAUUUAUAUAUUUAUUUUAGAGUAUAUCAUAUUGAAAAUGUUAGAAUACCAUUAUCAAUUAAUUUAUCAUAAAGAUUACAAGCUAUCAAUUUCAAUUGUAUUGAAUAUAAAGACAUAGAGAUAGAAAAAAAGGAAGAAAAAAUUUGGACAAUAAAAAAUGGCAAAGAAGCAAAGGCUAGAUUUGCUGGAAUGAGAAGACACACUAUUAAAUUGCCAUAUUUGGAUAAAAUGUUUGAAAAUCAUAAACUCAAUAAAUUAAAUAAAGAAUAAUAAAAAUUGAAAUAAGAAUAAUAAUAAAUUGAAAUUAAAUAAGAAUAUGAUGAAUAAGAUUAAUAAGAUUAAUAACAUAAAUAUAACAAUAUUCAAAAUAAAAAAAUAAAAAAAUUACAACAAAAAAAUAAGAUUCUUGGAUUAAAGAAAUAAAAGUUACUUGUAAAUAAACCAAAUAGAAAAAUCAAAUGA